CCAGGUGUCCAUGGUCUGCUCCAAUCACAGGUCCCUCAGGCUGGUGGGGGAAGGCAGUGACUGUGCAGGGAGGCUGGAGGUCUUCCACAGGGGCUCUUGGGGGACUGUGUGCCAUGAGUCCUGGGGUCUGCCCGAGGCUCAGGUGGUGUGCAGGCAGCUCCGUUGUGGGACAGCCCUCAGUGGGCAGAUCCCUGUACCCACUUACUUUGGCCCAGGGACGGGACCCAUCUGGCUAAGCAAGCUGGGCUGUGGGGGGAACGAGUCGUCCCUGUGGGACUGUCCCUCAGUGGAGUGGGGGAGGAAGGACUGUGGGCACAAGCAGGAUGUGGGUGUUGUGUGUUCAGAGCACAAGGUGCUGCGAUUGUCUGAAGGAUGUUCUGGGCACACAGAGGUCUAUUACAAUGGCAGCUGGGGAAGUGUGUGCUUUGAUGGUCUGGAACAACCAACAGUUGCAGUCAUUUGUCACCAGUUGGGCUGUGGAGACAAGGGGACAGUCACUUACACAAUGUCCAGGCUUCAUCCUGACCUCAAUGGGCUGGACUUUGGAAAAUGUCGAUCCCAUGACACAUCACUCUGGCAGUGUCCAUCAUCCUCCAAAGGGCCAAAUGGCUGCUCAGAAGCUGCCAGAACAAGCUGCUCAGAUGUUGAAACACUGAAAUCUCCAUCAGACUUCAUGCUCUGCAGAUCUUCUUCUGAUCUGAGCUUCUGUACCAACCGUCUGCCCCUGAGACUGACAGGGGGUACAGACACUUGCUCUGGGAGGGUGGAGGUGUAUCACAGCGGCUCCUGGGGGACCGUGUGUGACGACUCCUGGGACCUGCGUGACGCCAUGGUGGUGUGCAGGCAGUUGGGCUGUGGGCCGGCUCUCGGGGCAGAAGGGGGCGGACGCUUCGGGAGGGGUGACGGCGCCAUCUGGCUGGAUGAGGUGAACUGCAAGGGCAGUGAGCUGCACCUGUGGCACUGCUCUUACUCACUGAAGCAGAGUGACUGCUCACACAGGCAGGACGCAGGGGUCACCUGUGCAGGUGUCACAGAAAUCACCCCAGAUGUCACUGGACCUCCCACAGUUACUCAGAUGCAAAAAGGCCAGUCUGACCCAACAGUGUCCUCAGUGGUUCUCGGGCUUCUGAUCUCAGUACUUCUGCUGCUGGUGGUUAGACUGGUCUACAGGAACUGGGUCCUGACAAGAGAACUUGCUGAGAGUGAACAUAAACAGCUGUCUCCUGCCAUCUAUGAGGAAAUAGAUUACAGGUUUACCAAAGUGACAGAAAAGGCCAAUCAGAAAGGGAGUGAUCUUCCAGAUGAGCUGCCCUCAGGGUAUGAAGAUGUGGGGGAAGCUGAAGGAGUCAAUCUCUUAGAGAAGACGAUCACUGGAGACGACCCAGAAAACUAUCAUGACCAUGUUUGUGAGAAAGAGACUCCAGAAAAGUUGACAGGGAUAGAUACCCUGGAGUACUACAAUGACAGCCCCACAGGUCAGACUGACUAUGAUAAUGUCACUGACAGCCAGACCAAUGACUAUGAUGAUGUCACUGACAGCCAGACCAAAGACUAUGAUGUCGUCUCUGUGCAGCAUCACCCUGACUCUCAGCCAGGUGAGCGGCUCUAAAGGGAU